AUGGCUCCAACAAUUGCAGUAGGUGACACAAUCCCAGAUGGCAGGCUCAUGUAUCUGGACGAGAACGACCAGUUGCAGAGCCUGUCCCUUCAUUCCAUUGGAUCUGGUAAAAAGAUGGUCUUGUUUGCAGUCCCUGGAGCUUUCACCCCUGGCUGCAGCUUGAAACAUGUGCCAGGAUUCAUUGAGAAAGCAGAGGAGAUCAAGUCCAAAGGCGUCAGUGAAAUUCUGUUGCUGAGCGUGAAUGACGCAUAUGUGAUGAAGGCAUGGGAGAGAACAUACCUGGAGAACAAGCACAUUAAGUUCCUGGCUGAUGGCUCGGCAGCAUACACUCGAGCCCUCGGGCUUGAACUCGAUGCGACGGAUGCAGGGGCAGGAGUUCGAGCCCGACGGUUCGUAUUGUUAGUGGAUGAUCUCAAGAUUCAGGUGGCAAACAUUGAAGAAGGUGGAAAUGUGACUGCAAUUUCUAGUGCUGAUGAAAUUCUAAAGGCUCUUUGAGAUUUAUAGAGGGUUUUGUUUGAAAUGUUUGUAUGUAUAAUGUAUGUUUUCUUUUAAUAAUAAAGGAUGUGACACUGUGAUAAUAAAGGAAGGAUGCACAUUAUCAAUAUAAAUUACAUUUGUCAGUUUGUAUUCUUCCAUAUUUCAGUGAAUCAAAUUCCUGGUUCCUCACUGCCUAUGUUUAGCCCGGGUUUUAAAAGUAUAUUCCUUUUUAAAGCUAAA